UUCUACACCUUUGUGAAAGCAGUGAGAAAGUUUCUGGCUUCUGAAAGUCUUGCUCAUGCCAAGCCGGACUCCACCGCACAGACACUGGAGCCCUCAUCUGAUUACUCUUUACAGAGGCCUGCUUGUGAGCUAUUCAGACACAUGAAAUAUUGAGAGUGUGGAGCUUCCGUUUCAGACGUCGAGAGGAAGGGAAGAGAGCAGAGAGGCUGGCAGGCAAAGCAAGACUAGGGAAAGAAAAAGCCAAAGAGGGUUGGGAUUAGCAGGAAAUAGCACAUCAGGCACCGUGGGAGGGAGACACAUGAGUGGGGAUGGAGGAAGAAAGCAGUGGGGCAACGUCUGUCCAGGCAGAAAUACUGACGGAAAAAUCCGGUGAAGAAAUCAUUGAGUCCAGAAGUAUCCAGACAUCAGAGGACCCCACCAGGACUAACAGCGGAGUCUGGGAUGAAGAGAUUUUAGAGGAUCAAUGCAUUGGCCAUGCAGAGACAUUAGCAGAAGAGACUGUAGCUACGGUCUCACAAGGCGAUGAGGACUACCUCCCAGAGACCCACCUGUCAACAGGAGAGGACACAAGUCCCCUCUCUUUGUCAUCUCAUCCCUCCACCACACAGACUGCCCCAUCUGAGCAAUGCUGGUAUUGUCUGAGGUCUCUUGACUCUGAGUCUCAUCCCAAUGCCACAAAACAGGAGGAAGACUCUGAUCCUGAAUCACAUCUGCCCUCUAGUGGCCAGAAAGUGAACUACCAGACAGAUCCCAGACCUCACUUUGGUGUAGCCUGUUCCUCCCACUCUACAUGUCGCCCCCUAUGGGGCAGCGAGGGGCCUUGUUGGGAACCACGAAACCAGGAGCUGGCCGAACAGACAGACACCUGUCCGCACUGCCACCUGGGCUUGCCCCCCGACACACUGCGCUGGCAUGAGGCAAAAUGUCUUCUGUUUGAUGGGCUGAGGAGCUCGAAGAAAGAAAACUAAUCACUGGGAAAGAAAGAUGCAACUUGUACAUAUUUUAGAGAUAUUUCUACAUUAAUCUUUUGGGCAAAUUAUUCAGCAAAAUCUUUGUUCGUGUUGUGCAAUUUACUCCAGAGCAGAUAAACUGUUUAGAGUGACACGUUCAUUACAUGUAACACUUUGAUUUUGUUCUAGUCUCUACUAAUAUCUGUUAUAAAUUAUUUACAUAUUUUUUUAUUCAUCAUUUAUUGGUACAUCCCAAUUUUUUUACUUCCCUUAUAAUAUUUCAAAAAAAGUCAACUGUUUUGCUUUUGGCUUUAUCUUACAUAAGGAAGUGAGAGCUGCAUUGAAAAAAAAAGAAUAAAUGCAUAAAAAUA